CUUUCCUUUUCUCCCAUCAGAUGCGGGCGGCCAGCGAAUACGAGGAACGGAAACUGAUCCGUGCCGCCAUUCGCAAACUGCGUGCUGAAGAAAUUGAAGCUGCAGCUUUGGCGGGGAAAGCUUACUACAACCGGCGGGAGACGGAUGAGGCCCUGGGGGUCAAAGGAAGGGAAGGAAACACAGCGGACGGGGGCAUCUCUGAGGUGCAGGAGCGGGAAUUGAUCAGGGCCCAGAUCCGGGAGCUGCGAAGCCAGCAGCGGCAGGAAGCGAAGCCAGCAGACAUGCCGGAUUCCUCCACACCCGUGGGAACUCUCCUGCUCCUGGACCCUGUCGCCGGCCAAGCACCCGCCGAGCCACCCUCUCUGUCAGAGAGCGGGCCGGAUCCAGAGUCGAGCGCUGAGGCCAGCUCCCGAGACAGCGACUCCAGGACUGAAUCGCCUCCCGCUUCCGAGGAGGAGACGGGCACCGGCCGCAUUUCCGCUCCAGAAGACAGCGAGGGGUUGACAGCUCCCGAAGGAGGGUCCGCUGCCAGCGAGCCUCCGCAAGGGCAGCCGGAUGCUCCGAGUGCAGUGAGCGAUUCCUCCCAGGAAGAGGAGGCUUCCCUGAAGUUACCGAGCGAAGAGACUCCGAGAGAACUGGAUGCGCCUCAAGCCCCAGAGCAGGAAGCGGGUGUCGUGGACAGCAGAGAAAGCGUUUCCUCAGCAGCUCCAUCCAGUGCCGCCCCCCAGACCCCUGCCCCUCCAGAUGCCCGCUGCGGUGAAACCACACAACCGACGCCACGCCAGGCAACCAGCACAGAUUCCCGCCGGGAUCAACCGUUCCAGCGAUCCGGCUCUGUGCUGGACCGCGCACGAAAGUUCAGCUCGGAUCCCCCAAGCCGGCUGGCUCUGCCGCCACCCCCGGAAGGCGGAGAGUGCGGGCAAAGGUGCUCGGAUCCUGCAGCAACAGCAACAGCUCCUGAACCCCCCGCGUGCAGGAGACUUACCUGUCGGGGCACGGGGUGGCAGCAGUGGCGCUGCCGGCCGUGCCCUCCAGGAUGCCAGCAGGCAGCGGGGUGCAGAGGAGCAGCAGCCGGCCAAGCCCUCCGCCAGCCAGCCAAAGACCGGGACAGUGAGGCCUCCCGCCGAGAGUCCGGCCGGCCCUAAAGAGGCGUCCGGCCCCCGGGGGCGGAGCCAGGCCGGCCAAUGGCAGGGGAGCAAGUGGGCACCUGCCCGCCCCUCUGCUGAAAACACUCCGGGGAGC